CCUCGAUUUCUUCUUCUUCAUCCUCCACUUUCAUGUAUAUAAAGACCUACAACAAUUUUCCUUUUUGUUUUAUAAGUUUAUGGCAAUUGCAACUCCAAGCAUGAGCAACAACAAGGAUGAGGAUGAAGAUCACCAUGAACAUGACAUGGUGAUGCCUGGCUUUCGUUUCCAUCCCACGGAAGAAGAACUGGUUGAGUUCUACCUUCGCCGUAAGGUUGAGGGCAAGCGUUUCAAUGUCGAACUCAUCACUUUUCUUGAUCUUUAUCGCUAUGACCCUUGGGAACUCCCUGCUUUGGCGGCGAUAGGGGAGAAAGAGUGGUUCUUUUAUGUGCCGAGAGAUCGAAAGUACAGGAAUGGAGACAGGCCUAAUAGAGUGACGACUUCUGGGUACUGGAAGGCGACCGGAGCUGAUCGAAUGAUCAAAAGUGAGAGCUCCCGAUCAAUUGGAUUGAAGAAAACCCUAGUUUUCUAUUCUGGGAAAGCUCCUAAAGGCAUCAGAACCAGUUGGAUUAUGAACGAGUAUCGUCUUCCUCAUCAUGAAACUGAACGCUACCAAAAGGCAGAAAUAUCAUUGUGUCGCGUGUACAAGAGAGCUGGAGUUGAAGACCAUCCCUCUCUUCCUCGUUCGCUUCCAACGAGAGCCUCAUCUUCAUCAUCAUCAAGAAGCUUUACGCCAUCAUCGAAUGCAUAUCCUCAAGAGGCAGCUCAACAUUUAGCAAUGGAGAGGACGUUCCAGACUUUCGGAAACCAAUCACGAAAUUCACCGCAACUUGAUAUGGAAAAGAUGAGUGAAACAGAUGGAAGUACAAGCUCAGAUGUCACCACAGUUCUUGGCCUUUCAAAGCAAAACCUUUACCGUCCAACAAUGUCGCCGGCUCCAAUCAGCACAGAUGGCUUGUUCCUUGACCAGUCUAAACAAGUAUGCAACUCUUUAGUCCCCACUUGCACCACCGCCCUCGAUGAAUUUCACGGACUAUUAACCUACCAACAACAACCACCACCCUAUAACUUCAAUCAACCGUCACAAUUCUCCACCUUGCAACAUCAUCAAGUGCAGGCAGCGCCAUUGGGACUCAACAUACUAACAAGUUCACUUCCAAUCUCUGAUAGACUGUGGGAAUGGAACCCAGUUCCGGAAGCAAACAGAGACUACAAUGAUCCCUUCAAGUAAUUUAUAUCUAUAUAUUCGUGACUACAUAUACUUUAUGAUCAUCACCGCUGAUUAUUAUUUAUCUAGCUAGCUCUUAAUUUUUUGGACUUCAUGUAAUGUGCUAUUGGCUUUCUCAUAUAUGAGUACUGAAUAUUGUUUGAUGAA